CUGCGUGUUAACCGUGCGUGACUGUGUGUGUGGAUGGAUGGACGAUCAGAACAUGUUUUCACACCAACACCGGAUAACGUGAAUGGACGUGUAAUCGAUCGCGGAGCGGCAGGAUCGCACAUCGGAUGAAGGAGCCUCUCUGAAGCCAACAUGACUUUCCACAGGUUAUUCUCUGGAGCUGCUCUGGUCAGCAAAGUUGGAUCCAGGUCUGUAUUCACAAGCUCUAAGCCUGACACCGCUAACCCCAACUGGUUGAGAGUGGGCCUUGCUUUUGGAACAUCCGCUCUCCUUUGGGGCCUGCUCUUCAAGCAGCACAGUACAGAUGUACAUGAGUACAAAGUGAGGAACGACCUGGAAUAACCCAUCACGCUGGAGGUCAUCAUGUCCUGUCUAUGGGAUGCACCCGUUUGUCUGCUUCUUUCAAUUUCCACUGCUCCCGAUUCCUCGCUCUAAAUUCAGUGUAAAAUAAAAAAAUGUAAUGU